CCUUGUAUAUACCUAUUGUUUGUUUUGACUUGGAUUUGACAAACGUCAAUAAUUUAAAGUGAUUCGCAUAAAGAUGCAUAUAGACGAUAAUAGGGAAUCUUUGUUAUCUAAAGCCACAACCGAUAAAAAAUACUCAGAUCAGAGCCCAGAUAGACAUGUUGUUAAUUUUGGUACAGUAAAAGCAUUCGAAGUUCACAUAAAAACUGUGGUAUUAAACAAUUUACUUAAAAUUAAGAAUAAAGUAAGUUUCAAAAUUGAAAAAGAUUCACAGACAAAAGGAGCCAAAGAAAUGUUUAGUGUUAAUCCUACAGAAGGUACUAUUUAUCCAAAGCAAGCAUUUACGUUAAUAAUGAAUUAUUUUCCUACUGUUCCUAAGUACCAGAGCAUUGAAGUGUUUUUAUAUGAAGAUGAGGAUGGUAGAGAGGUUACAUUUAUCUUAAAAGGAAAAGCUUUAGGUCCGCGAUGUGAACUAUCCACGAAUAAAGUAUUUUUAUACAAAACACUACCCGACCAACAUCCAAAACGUGUGGUUGAAAUACAAAAUUCUUCUCCAGUCGAAGCGUUGUUCAAAUUUGACGUACCAAAUGAAGACGUAUUGAAGAUUUAUCCACUAGAAGGGAAUAUAAAAAAGAUGUGUACUCUGAAGCUUACGAUAGAAUUUAAUUCUCAUAAGAGAGGCAUCUUCUUCAGGCAAUUUGUUUGCUUAAUUUGGAAUGACGAACCACUAGUUAUAGAAGCAGUUGGAUACUAUGGCGAAUCGUUAAGUUACGAAAAGCUGCCGCAUUUAACCCGGUAUAAUUUUCCUAGGCAUCUCGCAUUUGGAUCUGGUGCAUAUUUAAAGGAUAGUUUUGUCAAACCAUCUGACACUUUGCCCUUUACACUUAAUGAAAAAUAUCUAGACUUUGGAAGAGUGGAACAAGGAUUUUCGCGGCUGUCAACUUCGAUAACGAAUAAGUUGGAAAAUCCAAUUUUCAUCGAAUGGAACAUAGAUCAAGAUACCUUUAAGAUAGAACCAAAAAGAAGUAAUAUACUAGGAAAUGCCACUGCUCAAUUUGAAUGUUAUUUUUAUCCGAAAAUGCAAAAUCACCAAUAUUUCGAAACGUUGAUUGGACAAGUGGAAUGGCCAAAUGAGAAGCAAUUUGCGAAUUCGAAUCCAACCCGACCAUUAACGUGUGCGUUAAAAGUUCAAGGCCACUCGUUUCCGGAUGGCGAGGGGUGGAUAGCCCCGUUGGAAGUGGUACCGGAAAAUAUCGUACUAUAUCCGUGCCUGCCCGGUUUCGCAUCCACCAGCACUCUGAAAUUGGUUAACAGGACCCAUCUGCCGGUUAUGUACAAACUGGUGCCUCCAACGAAAACAAACGUUACUGCAAAACCAAUGAUGGGAAAAUUCAAAACCUACGAGAUAAUAAUAAUACAUCUUGAAACCGAAGAUACACAUGCAAAAUCAUAUAUCGAGGAAUGGAAAAUAUCCUUAAACGCGGAAGAAGCCAACGAUAUUGUAUUUUACAUUUCUGGACAAGCGAAGAUCCCCAAUUUAGAAAUCGGAAUCGAUAAUAAAAUAGUAGUUGGUAGCGUUCAAGAAGGAUGUGAAGUAACUUCAGUCGUUCAUAUACAAAACAAGACCGACCUUACAACGAGUUAUCAGUUUGAGUGGAAUAAACAAUGCAGUUUAAAAAUUACUCCCAGUGAUGGUAUCUUAGGACCGAACGAAGAUACGUUUGCGAAAUUAACUUUAACAGCUCACGCUUCCCAGCCUAAUAGGGAACUUAUCAGUUGUACAACUCAUGCCGUCGAUGCAAGAGGCGCAGUCUACGGCAAGUCAUAUACCAAUGAAGUUGAAGUCGAAAUGGAAACUUCAUAUUCACAAUUAUGCGCCAUACCAAAGAACAAAGAUCUAGGACUAAUUGAAUAUGGAUCUCAAAUAAAAGUUCAAUUUCUAGCAUAUAAUUUUGGGGAGACGCCUGUAUAUUUCCAUUCGGCUUACGAUAUCGUAAACGAACCACAAAGAAGAAAAACUCUUAUAUUUAAACCAUAUUUUGAUGAAGUUAAACCGAAAUGUUCUCGAACGUUUCAUAUUAGCGGUCCUGUUACAUUAACUGGACCCCAAAUAGUAAAUUUUGGAUAUUUCAAUAGACCUUCAAAAAAUAGCACUUUGCCUGUUGGAAAUAUGGUAGAAUUAUUUCAAUUGAAGUAUGUUUGCGAGCUCCCAUAUAUUCAAAUUGAAGACGUUACGGAACAUAAUUUUGGAUCUCUCUUCAGUAGACACCAGUUAUACAGUAAUUAUUUAAAUAUCGACAACUUUAACUAUGUUUUAAAAUCCCUUAGCAGUAACAGGACUGCAGAAAUGUACAUCAGAUUGCCAGAAUGUGAAAUUACGACAAAAGAAUUUUAUAUGGUACUGUUUUUAACUAAUUCUACCAAUUUCCCAACUGAAAUUGUACUUAAGAGGAAACAAAUGUGUUCUUGUGCUCUGGUUGAGAAAAAGACUUCAGGCUUUCACGAGAGAAAAUUAGAGUAUGAUUGUAUUCACAAAGAAAUAGUUAGUUUGGAGUUAAGUAAUAACAAAAUUGCUCCUAACGGCAUUGGAUAUUUGACUAUUCGAGUAAAAUAUACUGUUCCCGAAAAAACUGCUAUUUGUCAUAUUAUACAAUUAAGUCAUAAAAGACACCUAGAAAUUUACUUUAACGUAGUUGCCAUAGCAAAAAAAGAACCCCACCUUGCGUUUUAUUCCGAAAACAAUGAAUCUCUACUAGAACUAGAGAACAUAUUUAUAGGCACUAGAAUAGCACCUGUACAAACUGUAUGGAUGUAUAAUAACACAAGAAAUCUAGUCCAUUACAAUUUUGACAUUACAGAACUUGAGAGAUUAUGUAGAAUUGAAGGAUUCAAAGUGCUGGAGUUGCUGAAUCCUAAUGAUCAAAUUGAUCCUUAUAGUUCCAAAGCUUUAUUAAUACGAUUUCAUCCAAUAGAAGCUAAAACUUAUAAGUUUUCAAUUGGAGCUACAUACCAAAUCCCUAAGGGCUUAAAAAAGAAAUUUGAACUUCAGAUUCAUGGAGAGGGAUGUUUGAAAUCAAAUGAAACUCCUGCACAUCAUUAUUUUUCCAAAUCCACAAGUAACGUGCUCCAAAAUAAUCUAGAUAUUGUUUUUUCACAAGAGUAUAUUACUGCUAAAGAUUUAACGGUUUGGAAUAAAAGAAAGAAGAUUAUUUUUCUUAAAAACAUUUCUAAAGAAAAAACUAUUCAAUAUAUUUGGGGAUCCGUAAUAAUAAACAACGUGCUAGAAAUACAUGCAGAAAAAAAAUUUGGAGUUUUAGAACCAAAAGAAAUACAACCAGUUAUAAUUAUCAUUAAGUCACUCGCAGAACCUUGUAUUGCAACAGUUUUGUUGCCUUGUGAGAUCAUAAAAUAUACAGACACAAUAUUACAUGAACUUACCAAAGAAAAACAUGAAUCGGUUUCUCAAUUAGUUACACAAGAAUUUACAAUCACAGACUCACCUGCAGUUGAAACUAAGAAAAAACCCAUAAAAAUUGUUCCUAAACCAGACCCUACAACAAUUACAAUAUGCUUCGAUAUUUCAAGUAUCCAUCCAAAAGAUUUGGAUUGCACCAUGGAAUCCACAAAACAGUUAAAACAGUAUCCAAAUGAGGCAAUGAAAAAUAUAGAAACACGUCUUCUAGAAAAAUACUAUCCAGAUAAGUUUAAAAAAAGUAAUUUUCCUGAACUUACAUGUGAUUUAAUAAUGAAUGUAGAUGAAAAAAACUUAUGCUGCAAAAUUCUUGAAGAACUUAUAUCUGACGUAACUUUCAGUAACUACUUUAAAAAUUACCUCCAAAUUGCUUCAAAGGCCCCAUCACAUUACUAUUUAGAAUUCAUUAUGAAUGAUUAUGAAAUUAUAUCUGCAAAAAAAUUUCAAACGCCACUGUCCAAAGAAGAUAUUGCUAGUUAUCGAAAGAAAGUAGUGGAAAUAUUUUUAAACCAAUUAAAAUUACCAGAAUUAUCAAAUAUUUUGGAAAAUAUUAUUUAUGAUAGCAUGUUAAAAAUGAGUCAGUGUCCUGAAAGAAAGUCAGAUAUAAAAGAUGUUACAGAAAAAAUUAAAAACCAACUACUGAAUUGUAAAAAGACUGAUUGCACAUGUCACAAAAAUUUGGUAUAAUAAAAGUAUAUGUAUCAAGUUA